CACCAGAAAUCUUGUAAUUAUGAUUUUGUUGUACCUAAAUCUGUGGGCCUAAUCUUCCCUCUCUUUUUUUCCCCACAGACUGACAUGAACAUGACAUCUGGAGGAGUGGAAAGAUGGUUUUAAGAUUUAUGUAAGUAGGUUUAGAGCCAGCACCGACUCAUGCACUUGUGACGGGGAGGAGUUAGGGAGGGUGUGGAGGCUGGUGCCCGCAAUGGUCGCACUGCCACCCCUAAAUCCAGCAGGGCCAAAUCCAACAGGACGUCCCCUCUCUGACGUGCAGCGGGGGUGCCGCAUGAGCAGGGGGUCUUAGAGCAGGCGCUACUUUAAAAGCCGGCUCCGAAGAUGCUCCACAACCACCGAGCAAGAUACCUGGGUCUUGUGCGCAAGUUUUCCAACGUCGCCCGACAUUAAGCUACAACUUUAUCAAAAGGGGUAAUAUAUCUGAGAAGAAGUCAGAGUGUUUUGUUAUUAUUUUUUGUUUUUACUUUUGGAUAUUUUUUCUGGACUUAUCAACCAAUGUGGCUUCUUGGAUCAACUACCCAAGUAAUGAUGAUGGAUGAGCGCAUGUCUCCCUCCGCACGCUGCGUCCAGAACCCGGGGAGCAACCCGUCCACGGUCCACAGCAUAGAGGCUAUACUGGGAUUUAAAGAAGACACCAUAUUCCACAAGUCAGCCUCCUAUAACGUGACGGAAAGAGUCCAGGUCAAAGACGCUGAGCGCAACGGGAAUGGAAUAGUGAGCCAAACGAAGAAAAACCAUUACUCGGAAAGUUGUGACAGUGUGUGUUGUGGCAGCAGCACCGGCGAAGCCUCCGUGUGCCCGGACUCACCGGACAGAGACGGCAAACUGUCCGACGACGAAAGCCACAAGAAGAAGCACCGACGGAACCGGACCACCUUCACCACCUUCCAGCUCCACGAACUAGAGAGAGCUUUCGAGAAGUCCCACUACCCGGACGUGUACAGCAGAGAGGAGCUGGCCCUGAAGGUGAACCUGCCCGAGGUCCGGGUGCAGGUUUGGUUCCAAAACCGGCGAGCCAAGUGGCGUCGACAGGAGAAGCUGGAGGUGAGCUCCAUCAAGCUUCAGGACACCCCUUCCUCGUCUUUGCUCUCUUUCAGUCGUUCUCCCACCAGCUCUCUGGCCUCCGGGCUGCAGCUGGAGCCCUGGCUCUCCACCCCGAUCACCACCUCCACUUCGCUGCAGUCGCUCCCAGGCUUCAUCAGCAACUCGCAGGGCCUUCCAGGCACUUACACACCUUCUCCUCCUCCGCCCAUGCCCUCUUCCUUGCCAUCGUCCUUCCUCAACUCCCCAGCCCUGGGACACAGCUCUCACCUGCCUCACAUCAGCUCUAUGUGCCUGCCGCCCCCGGCAUACCAGUGCUCAGCUGAUCCGAGGAACUCCAGUAUUGCUUCACUGAGGAUGAAGGCUAAGGAGCACAUUCAGUCUAUUGGGAAGACAUGGUGAUGUUGGGUGGACUUUAAGACCCCUGAACACACCAUGAUGAAUCUUUUUGGAGAAAUCUGGCUUCAUUUUCAUGAUGGGAUUGUAUUUUUUUAAAGACUGACAACUCGAGUUGCCCUUUGGAAUUCAAGACAUCCACACGUACAACUUUGUGGAAAAAUUGUGACACUUAAUGUGAAAUUCCUGUAAAUAUGAAGCCGUCUCUUCUCCUUUGUCUUCACUGUAAAUUGUUUUAUUGUAUCAGCCAGCCCAGUCCGCAUCUCAUCCAGUGUUACUGCCAAUAGAACAAGUACAGAGCCUACUGAAAACUCACCAAUGCCUGUUUAUGCUUCCUCUUGUAAAUGGAUAAAAGGAGCAUUUUAAAUCUUUACUUGUUUCUGAGACUGAAUCAUAAAAUAAAUGUAUCAAAUGGGAUUACUUUCCUUAUGCAAUAAAUUGUUUGUGUACAAAUACA